CGCACACACACACAAACACACACACACACACUGAAGGCUUCCACCAGAACCGCCUCUGUCAAGGGAGCCCUUGCUUAUACCAAGUACGAUUCUCUUCCUCCCUCACUCUCUGUGGCUCUGACGAAGAACGCGGUUGGAAAUAUAUUCCGUCGAUAGUGAGAGAGAGAGAGAGAGAGAGAGAGAAAAUACGACGCAGCGUUGCCAUCUCCUGGGCCACUGAGACUCUAGACCGAGAUAAAAUAUCUAGUGAAGUUAUGCAAUUGGAACCUGAAUGGAAGAGGCCUAAGAAGGCCUUGGCAAAGACGUAGAAGUGAGGAGGAGUGACGUGUACGGAAAGAGGGGAAGGAGGAGGAGGAGGAGGGAAAAAGAAGAAGAAAAAUAACACGGAAAAGAAGCCUUAAUUAAGUUACCCCCAUCGAAAUAGAGAAACCGAGACAACGGUUAAAUGCGAACUCAGGAUUUUCGAAGUUAGGAAGUUCGGGUCACUUCCCCCAAGGAGAUCCAUUCCAUAAAGUGUCAUAGAAAACGGGAUUCCAGACGCCAAACGCCAAGGUUUUGCCUCCCCACCACGAUAACAGAAACUCUGCGUUUGUGUGUGUCUGUGUGCGUGUAGAGAGGUACACUACUCAAGAGGGCGUCUAGGGGCUGAGAAAGGAGGAAGGGGGACGAGCAGGAGGAGGAGGAGGAGGAGGAGUAGGAGACAGCAGACGUAGGGAGCAGGAGACCACCACUGCCAUGUUAGGUCUGGAGACGUAUCCUGCCUUUUACCUGGGUUACAUUAACGCAUAUUAUUCGCCCACCUCCUCCAGCGGAGGGCUCUCUCGCGCCUUCACGGACAAUCCCACGCCCUGCAGCAGGCGCGAAGGGGCUUCUUACACGCCCUACGAGUGCUUGGCCUGCGGCGUGCCCCUCAGGAUAUUCAGGAAGUGCUGCACUUUCGACCUCCCCGAGGAAAGAAACAUGACAGCUCACCUCUGCAUCACCACCUACAGGAGUCCCAACAAUGAAGUCCUGAAGUUAGAGUGUAAUGCCACGGUGGUCGGUGACAUGGACUUGGGCAAUUCCCUGCAUUAUGCGUCAGACGGGCGUCUCACUGGCCAAAAGCAGUUAUGUUUCGUAGGACAAGACUGCCAACGCAUUCCAAGCAUACUGGGAGCUACGUACGGACUCCAAACAAAGAGAUUAGACCUCUCUUACAAUGCUAUUAAGUCACUGGAAGGACUCGAGAAGUUUCCCCACCUGGAAGAACUCAUCCUGGACAACAAUUUCAUAGACGACACCGUCACACUCCCGAGGUUGGAAACCCUCCACACGCUCUCUCUCAACAAGAAUAAGGUCGCCAAUUUAGAGAAGUUCUUGGACCAAGUCAGCGAAAAGUUUCCUCAGUUACGGUACCUCAGUCUGCUGGGCAAUGAGGCCUGCCCGAACCAACUCUCUUCUUUAGACAAAGAUGAAAAAGAUUACAGAAGAUACAGACUGUACGUGCUCCACCGUCUGCACGGCCUACGGUUCCUCGAUUCGACGGCCGUCAGGAAGACGGAAGUGAGGGAAGCCCGAAAGAGAGGAGCUCUCAUGAAGACUGUGAAGCCCCCUGCGAUCACGACCGUACCAAACACAAAGACGGGAAUCGAACACCAGAACGGGACCAACGCAGUCAGCCCCCAGCAGGAGACGAAAGACGCAACAAGGGCACCUGAGGGCAACAAGACGCAGGCCCAGAACGGCACGGCAGGCAACAAAGAGAACUCGACAGACCCUGCACAAAAACACACAGGCAAGCGGUAACAGAUCACACACACACAGGCUUCUUCCUCUUCUUCUUCAUUUUGUGCUUUUGCAGGUGCGUACGGAGUUCGUCGCUAUCGCUACAUAGGAAAGCAUUCUGAAGGUAAUCGGUUUAUCAGGAACGAACACCUCUGAAGAGCGUAGGAUACUUGUCACCAGCCAUCUUAUCCAGAAACAGAAAUCCUUUAACAUCCUCACUGCGUGUUGCAACGGGGCCUCUGCAUCUGACAAUUCAGAACAAAGACGUCGGCACUUCAUUAAAACAUCCAGGACUGGACAUAAAUUUGGCCAAUUCGUUUUCCAGGUCUGGAAAUGAGACUACUUACAAACAGUAUCCGACUUGGAACCCAUAUGUUCUAAAGGUUUCCAGCAGUAAGACUAAGUGUUUCAGGGAACUAUAAAAAUAUGCUUCUUACAAUGACUGCUGAUUUGAUACACUCAGAGCUGAUGUAUCAAAACAAUGAAUGUGAAAUUUACUGGCAGAGGCGCUAGUAAAUGGUAUACUACACCCAAGGUCUUCAAAGAAACCUUUUCCUACAACAGAUAGAAUUAACUGAAAACUGUUUUCUAAAAGUAGUAUACUAGAAUAUCUAAAGGAAGCAAUAAUCUCUUUCCUAAUGAAGAUUCCUGGAAUAUUCCAGGACUGACAGGAGUUAAUUCCACGUCUAAAUACCUGGAACACAGUAGGGUUCCUAGGACUUACUAUUUGUUCUACUAUUUGUUCAAGUUUCCUCGAAUGAAUUUCUAAGCCUUGAUAAAAAUGACCCAAAGGUUGAAUUUCUUCUGGAACAUUUUAGACCUGCAAAGAAUAACCUGUUUUACCCAAGACUGAAAAGCAGUAUACAAGAAUACGUUGAAAAAGUAAAUGUCAAGACGAAUUACUAAUCUUGUUCCUUCCUUGACUAAAAGUGAACCAGAAUCCUCAUAUGCACGCAAAGUGUUUGGUACUGACGGAUCAUGAUGUUUCGUCCCCAUGCAGAAGAUACUAGAAAAGAAUUCUUCCAUAACUCCUACGUAAAUACCUAUGGCACUGUACGACCUUCACUAAUAACUGACCCUUGUAUUCUAGGCAUUUGCAUCAACAAGUCACUGUUUAAAUUACAGCUGUAGACAUACAGACUGCAGAUAACGGUACUACCAAUGAUAAAACAAGCGUUUGUGAACAAAGUGACAGGCCUGGACUGAUAUAUUUAAAUCUAAAGUUCAAAUGUUGUACACAUGUCAUUUGAAUUUUCAAGCAAACAGUAUGUUGGUGUUUUCUUGUAGUUCUGUAAGCCUAGAAUGCAAUCAUUAGACAUCUAUUUAUAAAAUUCCUGAUCAUCACAACCAUAUACGUAUCUAGAUCAGUGCAGUAACCAAGUACUACUACCUGUUUACCAAACCUACUGAAGCCAAAGUCACAACAGUUCUGAAACUAUUCUCAAAUCUAAACCGAGAGCUCAAACAAAUGACCAAACCCAGUGUACAAAAUCAAGAAUGAAAAAAUUUUGCAUCUUAGUUGCAUACUUUGCUGCCUGCUGUGCAUUUUUGCUUCGGAGCUUUACUUUGGCAUUUCCUUGAGCCUUAAGGAAACUGUGAAGUGACAUGCAAGAGAGAGACAGAAAAGGAGAUCUAAUAUUCAAUUCACUUCACAGAGAUUGACGUGCAUUAGUGUUGGCCAUUACUCUGAAGGCUCCUCUUAAGUUAGUCUUACGUAGCUCUUUCCCCUGUAGAGAAUGAAUAGUACCUAUCACUCACCCAAGUCCUCAAUAUGAGCUUUUUAUCCUUUAUGUUUGAGAGUUUACUUGAAUCAUUCACAAAUUGUUUCAUAUCAUGCAAUACCACCGUGUUAAAAUCAGUUUGCCUUGACUAAUAAGCUCCACCAUCUCCAGAGUAUUAUUAUCUACUUUUGAUAAACCAUCAACCCCUAGUAAGGUUUAAUAUUUAAAAGCUUAUCACUUAAUUUACAUAUUCAUAAUCACCUCCAGAGCCGGAGCUUAAUAGCAAAGUUUAACUAGUUAAACUGAUAAAAACACAUCAUAAUUUCAUCAACAAAUUCACUAUCUCAUGAAAAUUGUUUUUCUGUGUCUUUAAUAAUAAAUAUAUAGUAAAAGAA